UUGUCUGGUCAAUUUGGGAAGCCAGCCAUCCACCUUACAUUACUCAUUUAUGAUGAGAAUAGGAUUUAUUUAUUUUGAACUUUACUUGGUUCCUCCUUGGUAGCCAGUGCAAUGGUUUCAGCAGUGCUAGAACUCAGGACCCGCUGCCUUGAGGGACAUCUAAGAGCAGUUUGGCAGGGGAAAGGUCUCCCUUGGGAGGUGGUGGACUCUCCUUCCUUGGAGGUUUCUAAGCAGAGAUCGGACGGCCAUCUGCCAUGGAUGCUUGAGCUGAGAUUCCUGCAUUGCUGGGGGUUGGACUAGAUGACCCCGGGAUGCGCUCCUAUCUCUCCACUCCUGAAUUCGAGGAGGAGGUUCCUUGCCUCCUGCAAAGCCCUUUUCCCUGCAAGCUGUUCCUCUGGUUUCCGGACAACAGAGGGAGAUGCUCAGAGUCCAACCAAGAGCCUCACCCCCAAAAGGAUAUCUGGGCAUUGGCGUAGCCAGGGGGGCAGCUGCACCCCUAAAUCCCUAAAAAAUAAUAAAACGGCGAGCUCGGCUUUGCAAGGGUUAAAGGGAACCUAGCUGCCUUCCUAGAGAGGACAGGAAGCAAGAGGGGGGCCAGGUCCUCCAGAGCCAAGGAGCCUCCCUCCCUCCCCAGUCCUUUCCUGCUUUGGUGUCUCUCCUGCAAGGGCUGCAUCGCUGUCCCUUCACUCCUGGGAUGAUCGGGAUUUGCUAGAGCUUCUCAUUAAGACGGACAGAACUCGGCAGAAGACCAAAGGGUUCCUUCCGAUCUAUUAGAGGCUUCCUGAGAGCAGAGAUGGAUGAGCGAGAUUCAGCUGGCCCUGGAACAGGAAGAAGACAUGCCAUCCAAUCUGGGAGCAGUGGGGGAUUCUGGGAAAACCCAGUGCAGAAGAUCCUGGGUGAGGAGGACACCCUCCGCUCAGAGGUGCAGAGCCAGAAGUUGAGGCAGUUCUGCUGCCAGGAGGCCAAAGGACCCCGAGAGGUUUGUAGCCGAAUCUACCACUUUUGCCACCAGUGGCUGAAGCCAGAAAGGCACACGAAAGCUGAGAUGCUGGACCUGGUGAUCUUGGAGCAGUUCCUGGCUGUCCUUCCCCUGGAGAUGGAGAGCUGGGUGAGGGAAUGCGGAGCGGAGACCAGUUCCCAGGUGGUGGCCCUGGCCGAAGGUUUCCUCCUGAGUCAGGCAGAGGAGAGAAAGCAGGAAAAGGAUCAUUUUGCAGAAAUGGACCUGGAUUCCUGUGAGGCAGAGAGGCCUCCGUUGGACACCAAAGAGAGGUCACUGGGUAAGGAGGAAGGUGGUUUGUCUCCGUUUGGUCUCAUUCUGUUGGUUUUCCAACUCAUCUGAGGGUUCUUUUCACCUUGUUUUGGGGGGCACAAACGUCCAAUUACUCUCAACAGGUAAGGCUUUCUCAAAGGCCCAUCUGUAGUUAGAGCUGCCCUGUUCCACCUGUGAGAGAAGCAGGCACUCCUGGCGUC